UACAUAAAUUUUAGUUUUUAGAUUUGAAAUACUCCUAUAGAUGUAGAGUAUGUAAAACACAUUUAUUUAAUUUUGUCACCUUUUCAGCAAAAUACAUGUAUGUUGUUUGACAUCUUUUUGAUGUUGAAUACAGUGAGAGUCAUUAAACCUGUACUUCUGCAGUUAUUCUUUGGUGACACUUUCAUUUGAUAUUUGAUAAUUGAGAUCACACUGGAAGGAAAUCACACCACAAAGUGAAGUACACAAUACAAUGAUUAUGACACCUUGUGAUUUAUUUUACUGGAAUCAAAUUGAUUUUUCCUGAUGAUACACUGAAUAUCUCUGUUGUGUGCAGCGCUUCAAGUCACACAGUACUUAAUAAGCUUCUAGGUAUAGUUAUAACAAAUUAAUGUUUGCUGGGGGAUGGUGCAUGGAUUGGGUCAUUCGUUUCAUUUUCCCUGUUUAAAUGCAACUCAUAAUAAUUGUUUCUUUUCCAUUAUUCCCAAUGUCAAAAUCCAAUUUCCUGUACACUGUAGUGCGGGAUGAUGAGUGUAUACUGUGGUUGUUGGCUAUGCCUUGCUGUGAAAAAAAGUGUAUGAGGAAACUCUCAGUAGAAGAUGUAAAUGCUACUGAAUUGCACUUCCGCAACAUGGAUCAGACACAGCGACGCAACUAUGUGCUCUCAUAUCUGUCUGACCACAGUCAGGCUGAUUAUUCAGGAGAUUACGUGACAGAAUUUAUGGUGAAAGGAAAAUCGGUGUGUAGAGAAGUGUGGCUGUUGAUUCAUAGUAUCAAUAAGGAAUGGUUUAGGAGGCUAUUUAACAAAUUCAAGGAGGGUGCAGUUGAAGUGGAGCAUGGAAACAAAGGUAACAAGAAACCAUCACAGAGAACCACAGAUUGCAUUGCAUGGUUACAGUUCUUCAUCUCCUGUGUUGGACAGUACCAGCCAGACAAUAAGACUAUUCAUUUGCCUUCGUGUUUCACGCGAUUGAGCAUUUAUCGACGGUUGUGUGAAGAGAAUAAGUCUUUCAAUACUCCCUCUAUUGGAUUGUCACAGUUCUACUCAAUCUUUCAUGACCACUUUCCACAUGUUGUCAUACCAAAGGAAAAUCGGUUCACUAAAUGCACUGAUUGCACGAGGUACAAGGAGGCAAAGGAAAAAACCGUGGACAAGAAGGCCAGACAAGAAAUAGACAGGCUAUUGACUGAACACAUGGACCUGGUCUGGAGAGAGAGGAGGGUUUAUUACCUUCAUCGGUAUAAGGCCAGGAAACACCCUUCCAAAUAUUUGACCAUAAUAGAUGAUGCCAUGGACCAGAAAACAACUUGUAUCCCACGUGUGCGGAGGAAGACUAAGGCCACAUGUAACCUGGCAACAGUAGGAACUCACUUAGUGGGAGCAAUUUUCCAUAGUGGUCAAUCACCAAAUGGGAAAGAUGUGCUUGGGUCUUUUGAUUAUUAUCAGUGGCCACAUGACCCAAACUUAUCUGCAUCUGUUCUGCUGGCCAUGUUAGUUCGAUGGUGUGAAAAGUAUCUACUUCCACCUGUGUUAUACCUUCAAUUGGACAAUUGUGUAAAAGAAAACAAGAACCAAUAUAUUUUGUGGCUUCUUGCUCUUCUUGUGGAAUUAAAGAUUUUUGAGAAGAUACGAUUGAACUUUCUUCCUGUUGGCCACACGCACGAAGAUAUUGAUGCCUUUUUUGGUGUAUAUUCAAAGCAUUUGGCACAAAUGGACAUCUACACCAUAGAAGACUUGUUAGAAGCCAUGAAAAGCUGCCUGGAAAUAAUCAAGGCAUUUCCAUUUUUGCUUGAUGCUGUCUACAACAUUAAAGAGUGGCUUUCACCUCAUGCUGAGGAAUUACAUGCACACACCCAGCCAAAGAGUUUUAAAUUUGUCAGAGAUGAGCAGGGACAUUGCGUCAUGUAUUACAGGAAUUACUCACAUAUGAAAUGGGAAGGCCCUCAACAACUGCUCAAGUCCAUGCCAACUGAGAGACCCAGCCUUGUACAGCCCACGCUGAACAAAAUUGAUGUGGAGGCUCUGAAGAGGGACCUUAAAAAAUUUGAGGAGCAUUAUCCUGCGGGAGUCUCAAGAGCAUGGGCUCAGUGGCUCCAGGAUAUCGACAAACUUUUGGAGCUGCCUAAUUACUCGCAGUGGCCUCUAGAAAUCCUUCAGAAGUGUCCCAAAGUGCAGAGGUCAGAAAGUGAAGAAAUCUCCAUUCCUGAUCAUUUGCAAGCCAUGCGUGACAAAGAAACAGUUGAGACUCAACAGAUCUACACAGGACGAUACAGGCCAUCACGAGAGCGGGAAAACCCAGUCGAAGCUGUGGAUGACUGCUUGGAGAACAUUGAGGUGGGAAAGUUUGUGGCAGUCCACCUGGUCAAUUACGAUAAAGUGCCGGUAAUUGGAAAGGUUCUUGAAGUGAGUGAAGAUAUGGUGAAGAUCCACUACUGGAAAGGAUCUUUUAAGGGGAAGUGGAGUCCACAAGAUGUGCCCAGAAGGCGGACUCCAUGGGUUGAUCAGCUCCCCAAAACUUGCAUUAUCUUAUGUUCAUUUUCCUUAACUGAGGACAGCAAACUAUUGCCAUCUACCAGGAAACAUCUCCAAGAUGAGUACGCGAAAUUAAAAGAGAAAGAAUAGAAUUGCUUGUAACAUUAGAAGAACCCUACAGUACAUUACAAAACAAUUUUACCCACACUCUUCUCCUUUGAGCAUGGUUAAACUGGUUGUGUAACUGAAGUGUCAAUGAACUGGUAGCCCACUCAAAACGUUAGAUUGAAGAUGUAAAAACGUGUAGGGCAGAGCUAAAGUCCAUGGCCUCUGCUAUUUGACAACAGGUUUUUGGAGGACACUGUGUACAUGUAUGUAGAGUACAUUGACCCACUGGAAAGUAUCAACUGCAAAUUUAAAUGUACAUGCAAAUUGCAGUCCUUAAUUGUCAUCCAUGUAAUGUACUGUAGUGUUCUUGAAUGCUCUUUUUGUUUUAUAACAGUGAGGUGCCUUGUUUCCAUGUUAAAUAAUAUAAAAGCGUAGCUCCUGGGCCCGGUUGUUAAGAGCCAAAUUAAGCUAGCCCAGGAAAAGGUAGAAUUUUGAUUUGAGUUUUGUAACUUUGCAUUGAGGUUUUCUGUAUAUUGUUUGGCCUUCUGUUUUGAGUUUUAAUAAUCACUAUAUGCACAAAACAAGGCAGCAAAAAGCAUUUGCGUAGAAGAAAAAGUUAUGAUUCGGUUAACUUUUAAUCCUGGG